AAUUAUGAACCUGAAAAUGGGCAUAAUAUGAGCACUUUAAUAUUUUGGUGGCAUUUUUUGCCUUUUUACCAGAGACGGUAGAAAGCUACCGGUAAAUGUGAGGAAAAAUGGGGAUAACAUGCAAGAAAUGUUCCUGUCUGGACCUGAAGCGGGGACAUGGUGAUCACAUGGCCUGCGAUGAAGCAAAAGUGUAAUUGUAUUACUUUUUUUUUUUUUAAUGCUGGUUUCAGUUGAUGUUAUGCUUACAUGGUGCAUGUAUUUUUAAAGAAAUGUCUCCCUUACAAAUUAAUUUACUUACUAACUAAGCUUGGAGCAGGAUUGUGUUCCAGUCUAGUCAGCCACUGCAGAUUGACUCCAGUUAGGCUUUCUCUCUUUGGGUUGGGUUUGUUUGGAUUUCUGUUGGAUUAUAUUUAGUUAAUAUUUAUACUUAUGAUGGUUGGCAUUUUUAAGUUUAUAAAAAAAAAAGUCCCAACCCCUGGGCAGUGAUGAAAGAAGUACUCAGAUCUUUGCUUAAGUAAAUGUAGCAUGGAACAUCAGAAAUUAAUCAACUAAACAGACUUGUUUUUAUAUUUUUUAUAUUUCCUUUAAGACAUAAAACGUUUGCAUAAUAUUCACUUAUCCUUGCUUUAUUUUUGGUCAUUAAGUCUAGUCUGUUAGAUUUAUAAAAAGAUUUAAAACACAGCGAGGUGUAAGUGGAUCCUGCUGGGUGCAGCUACCAUGUUCCACCGGUAGGGGCGCCGGCGAGCGGCGCUCGGGCGUCGGUGAGUCAAAGUAAAAGGAGGUGAAGAAGUGAACUUUGGUUUGGACUUGGGCGAAGAUGCUGGUUAGGAAAUGACAGCUGUGCUGUCCGGUGUCGUCCAGGCGCUGACCGACUGACCGACCGAUGCCUUCAUGAUGUUGAGCUGCAGCGCGCUGCUCGUCGCCCUGCUGCUGUCCCAGGCCCGAGGCUUCCUGAGCCUCUCGGAGGACGACGGCAUCCCCGAAGAGUGGACGCUGCUCCACGUGGUUCAGGGCCACAUCGGGGCCGGGAACUACAGCUACCUGCGCCUCAACCACGACGGCAGGAUCAUCCUGCACAUGCAGAGCCUCAAGGGGGACGCGGACCUCUACGUGUCGGACAAAACCCUGCGGCCGAGCUUCGACACCUACAAGCUGCAGUCGGCCACCUGCGGCCAGGAUGUGGUGGUGGUUCCGGGGGACUUGGUGAGGCCCGUGGGCAUCGGCAUUUACGGCCACCCGUCUCACAAGGAGAGCGAGUUUGAAAUGCGGGUGUUUUACGAUCAGACGGUUCCCCACGACCCGUUCGAGAGGGGCUCAGACGCUUCGGGAGACGGAGAUAAGAAAAAGAAAUCCCAUCAGGCGGAGGAGGAGGAGGAGGACGACUAUCAGGAAGAGGAGUCGAUCUUUUGGACAAUUCUAAUUGGACUUUUGAAGAUUAUAUUGGAGAUUUUGUUUUGAAAAUGGUUCCCUUCGUUGCUGCUGUAACACGAGGAGGAGGUUGUGCCUCCUCCUCCUGUGUUU